AUGCUCUUCUCUCUAGUAUUCCAGACAAUCACUAUCGACCUUUCCUUGUAUACGCGUAUAAGAGGUGAACUUGUAGACUUCUGCGUAGAUAGUUGCAAUAAUUUCGACCCCAGUAUGUGGAGCAAGGAGCCACAGUUUUGCAGUGUCAUCGAAACUUCGCGCGGAUUGAUCACUUACUACACGUUGGAUAGUCGUCGUCGUGUCGACGGCUCUGCAGGUCUCGCCUCCUGCACUGACUUUCAGCGGGACUAUCUAUCUUCCGAUCUAGACCGUUCCGAGGGAACCUCUGAGUCCUCCCUUACAUGCCUCGCCACUCCCGCUCUUCUCAUAGCAGACAUCCAGGAGCUCGCUCGCUCCCUUCUUACCAAUCAUGUCGUCUCGAUUUUUGUAGCUAUUAAUCCAUUUUCUUUCUCCACUAUGCAGGAGAACUAUGAUGGACAGUACAUACGCUGUUUGGAACUGGAAAAGGAUAACCUUCGUCUCAAAACCGAAGUUGAUUUAACCGGAGGACAAAUUUCAAUCAAUACCAAACGCGAGUUGGAAUGCUUGAGAUCCCUUCAAAAGAAGACUGAGGAUGAACAGAAUGCAUGGAACUCCCAUAAACAGAGAGAGGAGGCAAGGCUUGAACGAGAGGACCAGAAAUUGAAGAACCUCGCCAAAGAUCUUGCGGAAAAGCAAAAGCAAUAUGAGGAGGAUCGUAGAACUUUGCAGGAGCUUAUUGACCUGCAUGCUCGUCGUGGUAUCGACGUGAGUCGGCUGAGAGGGCACGGAUCGACCACAACUUUGUACACAUCACCUCAGUUGGAGUUGGACAGGAGUCCAAACUCCUGCCUCUCCCACAACCCGUCCUCUCGAAGCGAAGGAGAUGCGGUAGGUAUUUUUACUUGUUCCUGA